CUCCGAGAGACAAAAAUGACCUCAAUUAUCAAGCUAACCACGCUUUGCGGCGUGCAGGAGGAGUCUGCCCUGUGCUAUCUAUUGCAAGUGGAUGAGUUUCGCUUUCUGUUGGACUGUGGCUGGGAUGAAAACUUUUCUAUGGAUAUUAUUGAUUCGCUAAGAAAACAUGUACACCAGGUUGAUGCUGUUCUUCUUUCUCAUCCUGACCCCUUACAUCUUGGUGCACUUCCAUAUGCAGUUGGAAAAAUGGGCUUAAACUGUGCCAUUUAUGCAACUAUUCCCGUAUAUAAAAUGGGACAGAUGUUUAUGUAUGAUCUCUAUCAGUCCCGCCAUAAUACAGAAGACUUCACUCUCUUUACAUUGGAUGAUGUAGAUGCAGCCUUUGACAAAAUACAACAGCUCAAGUUUUCUCAGAUUGUCAACUUGAAAGGCAAAGGCCAUGGUCUGUCAAUCACACCAUUGCCAGCUGGUCACAUGAUAGGAGGCACAAUCUGGAAGAUUGUCAAAGAUGGAGAGGAAGAAAUUGUUUAUGCAGUUGAUUUCAACCACAAGAGGGAGAUCCACCUGAAUGGAUGUUCCUUGGAAAUGUUGAGCAGACCUUCAUUGCUUAUUACAGAUUCAUUUAAUGCCACUUACGUUCAGCCCAGGAGGAAGCAAAGAGAUGAACAGUUACUGACUAAUGUUUUGGAGACAUUACGAGGUGAUGGAAAUGUAUUAAUAGCUGUGGACACAGCAGGCAGAGUUCUGGAGCUUGCUCAACUUCUUGAUCAGAUAUGGAGAACAAAAGAUGCAGGAUUAGGAGUCUACUCACUAGCACUUUUGAAUAAUGUCAGCUACAAUGUAGUGGAAUUUUCUAAAUCACAGGUUGAAUGGAUGAGUGACAAACUGAUGAGGUGCUUUGAAGACAAGCGAAACAAUCCCUUUCAGUUCCGCCACCUCUCUUUAUGUCACAGCCUGUCUGAUUUGGCUCGAGUGCCUAGUCCAAAAGUUGUCCUUGCUAGUCAACCUGAUUUAGAGUGUGGCUUUUCUAGAGAUCUCUUCAUUCAGUGGUGCCAGGAUUCUAAAAACUCUAUUAUUUUAACUUAUCGCACUACACCUGGAACAUUAGCACGGUUUCUGAUUGAUAAUCCUUCUGAAAAAGUUAUAGACAUUGAGUUGAGGAAACGUGUCAAAUUGGAAGGAAAAGAACUUGAAGAGUACCUAGAAAAGGAGAAACUAAAGAAGGAAGCAGCUAAGAAGUUGGAGCAGUCUAAAGAGGCAGAUAUAGAUUCCAGCGAUGAGAGUGAUGCUGAAGAGGACAUUGAUCAGCCAACUGUGCAUAAGGCCAAACAUGAUUUGAUGAUGAAAGGUGAAGGUAACCGGAAAGGAAGUUUCUUCAAACAGGCAAAGAAAUCUUAUCCCAUGUUUCCAGCUCCUGAGGAAAGAAUUAAAUGGGACGAAUAUGGAGAGAUUAUCAAACCCGAGGAUUUUCUGGUUCCAGAACUUCAAGCAACAGAAGAAGAAAAAAGCAAAUUAGAGUCUGGUUUGACAAACGGAGAUGAGCCUAUGGACCAGGAUUUGUCAGAUGUUCCUACCAAAUGUAUUUCAGCAACAGAGUCCAUGGAAAUCAAAGCUAGAGUUACCUAUAUCGACUAUGAAGGACGUUCAGAUGGUGACUCAAUAAAAAAAAUUAUUAACCAAAUGAAACCAAGACAACUGAUUAUUGUCCAUGGACCACCUGAAGCCAGUCAGGACCUUGCAGAGUGUUGCAGAGCUUUUGGUGGAAAAGAUAUUAAAGUUUACAUGCCCAAACUACAUGAAACUGUAGAUGCAACUAGUGAAACUCACAUCUACCAGGUCAGGUUAAAAGAUUCUCUCGUCAGCUCCCUUCAGUUCUGCAAAGCCAAAGAUGCAGAGCUGGCUUGGAUAGAUGGUGUCUUGGACAUGCGAGUUUCCAAAGUGGACACUGGAGUUAUUUUGGAAGAGGGAGAGCUGAGGGAAGAUGAAGACUUAGAGAUGCAGGUGGACAUGCCUUCUUCAGAUUCCAGUGUCAUUGCACAGCAAAAGGCCAUGAAAAGCCUGUUUGGGGAUGAUGAUAAGGAAUUGUGUGAGGAGAGUGAGAUCAUUCCUACUUUGGAACCUUUGCCACCUCAUGAGGUUCUCGGUCAUCAGUCUGUGUUUAUGAACGAGCCAAGGCUGUCUGACUUCAAGCAAGUUCUUCUGCGGGAAGGUAUUCAGGCCGAGUUUGUAGGAGGGGUGCUCGUGUGCAACAACCUGGUGGCUGUUCGCAGGACUGAAACAGGACGCAUUGGAUUGGAAGGCUGCCUCUGUCAGGACUUCUAUAGGAUAAGAGACCUUUUAUAUGAGCAAUAUGCUAUUGUCUAAAGGAAGUGCUGCAAAAAUAUCUUGACUUGAACUUUAAAAGAUAAUGGGAAUUUCUGUCUUCCCAGUUCCGACUUUUUAUAGUUUUCUAAUUUAUACGGGGAAAAUAAUUCAUAAUGGACAGUUAACAACCCUGAAUAUGUAAAUAACUGUUGCUCUGCACAAAUCUGUAGGUACAUUCCAUGUUACC